CUCCUUCUUUAUAUAUCUCUCACUUUCACUCUCUCCAUCUCCAAGAAAACAGAUAGACACAAUGUUGUUCUCUAAGGAUCUUCCUUCACCCACCUCAAUUUUCACAGCCUACGCAUCAAUGGCUGGUUACAUGAUGAUGAUACGUUCAAUGGCCCACGAGCUCAUCCCAGCACCAAUCCAAGAGUUCAUCUACUCCACUCUCCGCUCUCUCUUCUUCCGUUCUUCUUCCACGACUCUCACUCUAACCAUCGACGACGACAACAUGGGCAUGGAUAACGAGAUCUACCUCGACGCCCAGACCUACCUCUCCACCAAGAUCAGUCCAGACGCGGUCAGGCUCAGAAUCAGCAAAGGCCACAAGGACAAACACGUCACUCUCCAUCUCAGCAACGGUGAAAUCGUCGUCGACGUGUUCCAAGACGUCGAGCUCACGUGGAGGUUUGUUACCGACGGGGGAGAGAAGACAAACGGUGACGACGAUGGUAAGAGCGAGUACUUCGAGCUGAGUUUCGAUAAGAAGCACAGAGACUUGGUCAUAAACUCUUACGUUCCUUACAUCGAGGGCAAAGCUAAAGACAUCAACGACGAGAGGAGGAUCUUGAUGCUGCACUCUCUUAACUGCCUCCGAUGGGAAUCGGUUAUCCUCGAGCAUCCUUCCACCUUUGAGACGAUGGCGAUGGAAGAUGAGCUCAAGCGUGAAGUCAUCGACGAUCUUGAUCGGUUCAUUAGGAGGAAAGAGUUUUACAAGAGAGUAGGGAAAGCUUGGAAGAGGGGUUACUUGCUGUACGGACCACCGGGGACCGGGAAGUCUAGUUUGGUUGCGGCCAUGGCUAAUUACCUCAGGUUUGAUGUCUAUGAUCUUCAGCUGGCUAGUGUGAUGCGUGACGCUGACCUAAGGAGGCUCUUGCUUGCGACACGUAACCGCUCGAUUCUUGUCAUAGAAGAUAUCGACUGUGCAGUGGACUUGCCUAAUAGGUUAGAGAAACAGCCUGUUGAUGGCAAGAACCGUGGCGAGACUCAGGGACCAUUGACGUUAUCGGGGCUACUAAAUUUCAUAGACGGAUUAUGGUCAAGCUGUGGAGACGAGCGGAUUAUAAUAUUUACGACGAACCAUAAAGAUAGGCUUGACCCGGCAUUGCUACGUCCUGGUCGUAUGGACAUGCACAUUUACAUGGGACAUUGCUCUUUUCAAGGAUUCAAGACUUUAGCCUCUAACUAUUUGGGCUUGAACGACGCCACAAUGCCACACCGUCUUUAUCCUGAGAUCGAGAGACUGAUGGAAGGGGACGUAAUUACGCCGGCACAAGUCGCAGAGGAGCUGAUGAAAAGUGAGGAUGUUGACGUGGCGCUUGAGGGUUUGGUGAAUGUGUUAGAGAAGAUGAGGUUUAAAGCUGGUGAAUCGAGUCCAGGGAUGAAGAAGAACGAGAGUAGAUUGGAGAUGGAGGAGAUGAAAUUAAGGCGUGAUUCGGAGGGUUCUCCGAAGAAGAACAGCAAGAGGAUUAAGAAACUUGUUCUGUUUUGGACUUAAGACGUGUGUCAGAAACUUGUAUGAUCCAGUAUUAGUACAAAUAAGAUUAUGAGGAGACAAGAAUAGAUCGAAGAGGCUUACUAUUGUAAAAGUUAAAAGAAGUUUGGACUCUGAUAUAAGUUUGUUUUUUUAAAAAAAAAUCUUAUAUAUUUUAUAUAUAUGGUUAUAAAUCGUUGUAGACCCAUGAAGAAACAGGGAACUUCAUUUUUUAUAUAUAAAAUAUAGCCUUUGGAGGAGCAUUGCUAUC